GCCUUACAGGAUACUUGUCCUUUACCUGUCUUAAAAAAAUGCAUUUGUUAUCUGUGUAACUUUCUUUAACGGUAUUUUAAAAAUAUAAUUUUCAAUCAUGUAUGGUUGGCUGCUGGAAAGCGUUCAACAUUUCAUCGUGCAAGAAUGCGGGGAAGAAAUAUGGGAGACUAUACUUCGAGAAGCUGGUGCCAGGAACACCGUCUUUAUGACGCGACAGCAAUAUCCAGAUGCGCUCAUGCUAAGGCUCGCGUGUGCCUUAGCUCGAUUCUUAAACAAGGACCCAAACAGCCCAACAACUUCCACGCCAAGCAGCCCAGCUCCCAGAAAAGUAUCUCUGAAAUCCAAACCGGCAUGGCGAAGUGCGUCAGUUCACACGGAUAAUAGAAACCAAUCAUCUAAAUGCCCUUUCAGUUCAACAAACGCUCUCACAGCGGUUACAAAAAAAGAAAUUGAAGCAUACAACUCAUCUGAAGAAAUACGGUCACCAACACAUACUGCCACGCCGGCGGAAAAGAUUUGCGAAUUGGAAGAACUGAAUGUUACUCCUACGCGUCUCGCUAUAAGAGACAGAAGAAGCCUGGGCGUUCAUUUAGAGAAGUUUAGAAGUGAACCGACAAAAGAAGAACCUCUUGAAUUUGAAACUGAUGUCGUCAGUGAAGAAGUUUCUGAAGAAGUGUCCAAAGAAUCGGAACCAACUUCUCCAAUAUCGGAAUGUUCGAAGAAAAGUUCCAUGAAGGGACCGAGGAAAGUAAGCUGCACAUUGGCUAUGGAUGUAUACAAACGUCGGGGCUCUGCAGCUCCUAUCAAACAAAGGGUUAACAGCUUAAAUUUGGUGAACGUUGACAGAUUGCAUGAACUCAGAGAGAAAUUCAGUACACCGGAAAAAGUUAUGUACUUCUUCGGACGCUGUUUUGUCAAGUUCUUCUCUAAUUACGGGUACGAUACAAUGAUUCGAGCGACAGGGCGUUACUUCUGCACUUUCCUGCAGUCUGUAGACAGCAUACAUCAACGCAUGAGGUUCACCUUCCCACGUAUGAGGUCGCCGCGGAUGCAGCUAACCAGAGCUCAUAGACAUGGAGCUGAAUUGGUGUAUAGUAGUGGAAGAACUGGAUAUACACAUUAUCUCAUGGGCCAAUUAUACGAAAUAGCAGAGGACAUUUUCUCGUUGAAGUUAAAAGUGACAAUUAUGAAAGAGAGUAUGGAGGGAAAUUACUAUGUCGCAGUACUGAGACUGGAGUUCGAUAAUAGUGACUAUGUUCAAUCGCUAAUGGCAAAGAAAUCUCUACCGUGUCUUCUGCCGGCUGUACCCGCAUCGUUACUUUUACAACUCUUCCCAUUUGGUGUACUUUUGGAUAGAAAAAUGAAAAUAUUGGUCGCUGGUGAAAAGUUGGUGGAAGCGUGGGGAGGACCGUUGAACCGUAUUCACAAAUCUCCAAUCAAUGAGGUAUUGAGACUCAGAAAGCCUAAAGUUUCUUUUACUUGGGAUAAGGUGGUAUGCAUGCAAAACAUGAUGUUCGAGUUGGAACUGCUCCGUUGGCGCGCGCGCAACGUGGCCGACUCGCGGCGCGGCUCGCACGGCGCACGAUCUGUUCUGCUCAAGGGACCGAUAUAUUUGCUGGAGGAAAUUGAUGCCCUUAUAUUCCUGUGUAGUCCUAUAUUCAACGAUCUAGACGAACUCCGUCAAGCCGGACUCUGCUUAGCGGACAUGAACGGCCAUGGGCUUUCCAAGGAGAUGCUCCUACAAGGAUGGCAGCAUUUAUCCAGACUGGAGUUACUCUUUGAGAAAGCAGAAAGCCGCAGUAUGACACUAGAGAAAUCCUGUCGACUUCUGGACCAGUGGAAGAAGAAGGGAGACCAGUUGUUGUACUCUAUGAUACCGAAGACUAUUGCUGAUCAGUUGAGGUGUGGCAAAUCACCAAUGGCUGAGAACUUCGACUGCGUAACCGUAAUGUUCUGCGGAGUCCAGCUCACUGAGACGGGCACGCGGGAGGACGUCAUGGCGACCGUCAGUUACAUGAACGAUGUGUAUUCGAGGAUCGAUCGCUUGUUGGAUACGCACCAGGUUUAUAAAGUGGAAACAGUGGGCACGGUAUACAUGGUGGUGGCAGGCGCGCCGGAGCGGCGGAGGAGGCGAGCGCACGCCGAGUGCGCUGCGGGCGCUGCGCUCGCUAUCUCGCGCGCGCUGCCCAUACUUACUAUUGGUAUACAUUCAGGCCCGUGUCGUGCCGGAGUACUAGGGCUCCGCCAACCGCGCUACUGCCUUGUGGGAGACACCGUUAACACUGCUAGUCGCAUGCAGACUACUAGCGAGCCGGGUCGUAUACAAAUAUCAGCGCAAACAGCAGAAGAAUUACCCGCCGGGAGGUUCCGACUUCGGAAGAGAGGUCUUAUUAAAGUUAAGGGUAAAGGCAUGAUGGAGACCUUCUGGCUGGAAGGCGAGGUGGAGGAAGAUGAACAGGAUGAAGCCUUGCAAUUAUUCUCUAUGCUAUGUGGCGAUAAUUAAAAACAUUCUACAUUUUAUAACACAAUCGUUUUCACUUCGUCAAUUAAACCAUAAAAUAUUGGUAUUAAACCUAUGAAUGAAUUAAAUGUUGCGUGAAGUUCUAUAAAUGUCGAUUAAUUAAUUUUUUGGUCAACGGAAAUAAACACUUAUAUUCUACUUCUA